CUUCAAAAAACUCCAUACAUUUAUACUCAAUCGAUCACAUUCAUCAACCUUAUUUAAACCAAAAAACCGAAAGAAAAAUGGCUUACAUUCACAAUUUAGUGGCUUCUACAUUGGUAAUUAUUUUCGUCGCAUUUGCAUGCACAAAUGUGACGGCGGCCAAUUUAUCUGGUGCCAUCUGCGCCAGGGCGCCGCAUCCUCCCAAAUGCAUGGAAGCCCUAAGAUCCGAUCCUCGCAGCAAAACCGCCAGCCUUGUAGGCCUGGCCGUCAUCGCCAUUGAAGCAUCCACCAAGCAGGCCAAAGUCACGCGCGGCCUGGUGCAAACGCUGCUCAGAUCGGCGAAGAAUCCUCGGCUCAGAUCGAGAUACUCGUCGUGUUUGGAGAACUAUGAGGACUCCAUUGAUGCGCUUGGGCGGUGCUUGGAGUUCUUGAAGAACAAGGAAUAUGCAAGCCUGGAUUCCUACGCCUCCGCAGCUUUGGAUUCUCCGGUCACCUGCGACGACGAUUUUGAAGAACCGCCGGUCGAGUCUGGCAAGCUCAAAGCUGCCAGUGCGAAGCUGCAAGAUUUUUGCGAUGUUAUCUUGAUUGUUAGCAGCAAAUUGAGCGGACGGAAAGUCGAGUAAUAUAUAUGUGUGUGUAUAUAUAUAUUCCCAGUCUACAUGUGAAGUGAUAUGAUUACAAUGCUAUAUUAUCGCCAAAUGAA